AUGCCUAUUUCACAGAUCGGUAUAAGCGUUUUGGGUCCUGGUUGUGCGCUACCAUCGAGAUAUAUCAAUAUAAAACCAUACAUACCCUGGAUAAUUGGAAACCUGGGUUACAGAAGAGCAAUGGGUAAAAAGAAAACUACUUCCAAUACAACGAAAAUAACAGCGAUUUCAUCUGAUGACAUCAUCAGUGAUGUUGGUUAUAUAGAUGAAGACUUCUACUUGGGGAAGUUAAACGAUUCUACUAUGAUAUUGGAACCAAAAUAUAAGAAUGUAAACGAAGUACCAUUCGGCAACUGUACGAAACUAGACUCAUUAAUUUACAGAGACGCGGGCAUUAUAAGGACAUCCAAUCGACCCGCCACUGGCAUUUACGCUGUUGAAUGCGACAGACGAUCUCCGACGAAAUUCUGGUUUGACACCGGCUUCAAAACUGAUGAUAUGGCAGACCUUAUAAAGAUUGUGCCACAUUACAAGAGAGGCGAGAAAGUACCGCCGAAGAUAUUAUUUAUAACGGAUUCCUUUGUUAAUUACGAGCAUAUUGAAACAGCUAAUUUAGUUUUUAAAUUUGAAUUCACCGCUCAAGCGACUAUUAACGUGGAGUUUUAUGGAAUUAAGAAAGGAAAACCUAAUACGUGGGCGACAAAUGAUAAGGACAGAAACUGA